AUGGCUGGAGCGAUGUUAUUCGAGAGAUCACGCGUCUCGUCGUCGAGCAGAGAGGAGGACGUCCGUAUGAGCGACAAAAUGGUUAGCACUGGCGAGGUGCCUGAAGAUGAUGAAGAAAAUAUACGGGCUAAGGAACAGGGUAUCCUAAACCUUGGAGAAAAAUACAAGAAGGAGGGCAAAGCUAAAGAACUAGCUGAACUAAUUAAAGCUACUAGACCGUUCCUUAGUCUGAUAAGCAAGGCGAAGGCGGCGAAAUUGGUGCGUUCUCUCGUCGAUUUCUUCCUUGAUUUAGAAGCAGGAAUUGGUAUUGAAGUGCAAUUGUGUAAAGAAUGUAUAGAAUGGGCCAAAGAGGAGCGGCGUACAUUCUUGCGACAGUCCCUCGAAGCGAGACUGAUCGCUUUGUACUUCGACACUGGUAUGUACACGGAAGCCCUAGACUUAGCGACGGCUCUGCUCAAAGAACUUAAAAAGUUAGAUGAUAAAAAUCUACUGGUAGAAGUACUUCUUUUAGAAAGUAAAACUUAUCAUGCACUUAGCAAUCUACCUAAGGCCCGUGCCUCAUUGACGUCUGCUAGAACUACUGCCAAUGCCAUCUACUGUCCACCCAAAAUGCAAGCUGCACUUGAUCUACAAUCUGGAAUCCUGCAUGCAGCUGAUGAGCGUGACUUCAAAACUGCUUAUUCAUAUUUCUAUGAGGCAUUUGAAGGUUACGAUGGAGCAGACAGCCCAAAAGCUUUGACUGCCUUGAAAUAUAUGUUGUUGUCCAAAAUUAUGCUAAAUAAUGCUGAAGAAGUUGGAUCAGUUUGCAGCAGUAAGACUGCUCUAAAGUAUGCAGGGAAAGAACUAGAAGCAAUGCGAGCUGUUGCAACAGCUUCCCACAAAAGAUCACUUGCUGAUUUCCAAGCAGCAUUGAAAACAUAUAAACGAGAACUUGAAGAAGAUGCAGUUGUAAGAGCUCACCUUGGUGCUUUGUAUGACACUAUGUUAGAACAAAAUUUGUGUCGUAUAGUUGAACCCUACAUGCGAGUGCAGGUCGACCAUGUAGCCCGUUGUAUCCGUCUCCCAGUAGUUCAAGUGGAGAAGAAACUGUCUCAGAUGAUUCUGGACAAGAAGCUCAAUGGUAUCCUUGACCAGGGUGAAGGUGUACUUAUUGUGUUUGAUGAGUCCCCUCUUGAGAAAACCUACGAGACAGUCCUAGAGACAAUACACCACAUGAGUAAGGUAGUUGACACUCUCUACCAGAAAGCUAAGAAACUCUCAUAG